AUGAAGUUUGCAUCGUCAUCGAUACGAGGCUUUCCCAUCGCUCCCUGCCUCCUGCGUGCCAGCAACAGCAAUGCGGGACGUCCGUCGUCCUCGUCUCUGCGGCACUUCUUCUCGUCGUCCGGCACGGACAUGCCGAAGAAGUUCCAGUGUCGACAGUGCCAUUACUCGACCAACAUCAUGACCAACCUGCGACACCACAUCCGCGUGCAUUCGGGAGAGCGGCCGUUCAAGUGCUCGGACUGUGGCAAGGGCUUCAUCCAGAAGAUCCAGAUGAUCAAGCACAACUGCAUCGCGCGCAUGCGCGACAUCGUUGUGCCUGCAUCGGCGGUGUCGCCAACGGGGCUCGCGCCUUCGUCACCAGUGCCGCCGGCAAACUCGCUCUUCAGUUGUUCCAAAUGCGGAGAAGCGUUCCUCGGCGAAGCGCUUCUCUUACAGCACAUGAUGCUCGUGCACAUGGCGCAAUGA